UUCCAACGCACGAGGAAAGCACAUGAUGGCGCUUACGCUUGCAUGGCCAUGGCUUAGCUAAAGGUCAGUAGAUAGCUGCCAGAAAGAACAGUUUAGUAUAAUUCUGGGUAGCGAAAUGACCCAAUCCUUUUGCUCCGGCGACUGUAAAUCAUCCUCCUCCACGCAGAGGAGAGAGAGGCAGACACACAGAGCAAGAGAGAAAUAUUCUAAUUUUCUCCUGGUCCUGUUGCACUACCGGACAUGUUGUUUGACCCAACGACCGUGCAGACCUGCAGGUAUGACCAGGAGUAAAACGAAAAGCAGAUAACGAUACAGCCUACAAUUGCAGUUCUGAGAUUUGGACGUAAUCCAUAACGCUCAGAGUCGUGGUCCUGCCGUUUUGUAGCCGCUUGUUACGCAUCACCCUCACCCCCUGUUCGCUGCUCGCGCGCUGUUGACGACUCGGGGACCUGCUUGGGCCGGAACUUGGACGUCGUUGGAUGUCCAGGACUGGGUUGUUUGCAGCUUCUCUAGCCCAUGACCUGAGGACAGAGGACAAACAAGACAAAACUAGUACUGGGCACUAGUCACUGUGCAUGUGGGCAGUUCACUGAUUGAGUUGUAGACAAGCUGUUUGCGUGCCACCAACAGGCUGGACUGAGGUCACACGCACACACAUCCAGCAGACGCUCUACGCUGCUUUCAUCGGUGUGCCGGUCUGAAGCGUACAGCAGUAUACCAGGUAUACAGGCUACCCCCACUGGCCAGUACACAGCCUGCACAGAGUCCCUGCUUGACUUGUGGCUCUGCAUCUGCACGGUUUGACUCUGACUCAGUCACGACAUCAAAAAGUGGUACUGCAGCUUUCACUUUCACAGCCUUCAAACGAUAAACACAGAAGAGACAACUUUCACGAUGCCAUCUUUCAAUAUGAAGCUGAAGAUAUUUCUGAAACUUGCACAAGCCCGUACAUCCACCGCAUUCACAGUUCGUGUGUCAGAAACAGACGGUGAAAGUCAGCCCAUUUCAGGUGCUGGGCAAAUGCGGACAGAUCAGUGUGAAGGAAUUAUUUGCUUGAGAAAACCGUGCAGCUUGCUGAGUUUUCGACUUGAUCACCGAUACACACGUACAGCAUGCCACUACAACAAUCUGCUGCUCACCUGUGCGGAGCAAGACUCUCUGAAUGCUCACCUGCCAUUGCCACCCACAGGUUGGGUGCGCCAUGCUCCGUUUGCCUCCACGCUCGUCAGUGGAAAUGCUGACCAAGCUCUGUCUGAGGCAACUGUGCUGAUCAGUGGACAGGGUGUGGACAACUCCUAUGUUGCUCUUGGACGUGUGACACUCAAAUGUCAUCAACAGGAUCCAUUUGGUGAGGAAAGUAAGCCGGUUGAUCUGCAUAGCUCUGAGUGGCUGAUUGCCAGUCGACAGCACUCGUACCACCGUCUGUCUCAGCUGAGAACGAAUACAGUAUACUCUGGUUUUCCAUGCCUGCCCGCCGCCGCCGCCGCUGCCCCGCAUUCUGGCUGUCCUGAGAGUCCUUCUGCAUCUGCUGGCACUAGUGCCGUUGAUGUAACACCGUGCACGGGAACGCAGGCCGCCGACACACCUACAGUGCAGCGGCGGCACCAGCACAGUGGCUUUGGCCAGGAUGAGCUGGUUAUCAGGUAAAGUGCCGUCGGUUGGUAUAACAAUUGUAAAGUGGUCUUGAGGUGUAAUUUUACUGUAGUGCAGCCGUCUCACAUGAAUGUCAGGUACCUUCUACCCUGUGCCAAACUCGGGUUAGUUGGUGUGCAAUGUACGUGUACACAGAUAUGGCACAAUGCAAUAGGCAUAGCUAACUUGAACAUUGAUACGAAUUUAGCGUCGAUGAUAAUACUCAUGUGAUGCCCAUUCUUCUGUCCUGAGUUACUGGUUUCAUGAUCUGCCAAAAAUAAGAAAAAAAUAACAAAAUAUAUCGAUAAUGACAGAACAUUCCUAACACAUGACAUUCUACCGAUUCUUUUUAAUGGAAUGCUUGAUAAUAGAUAAGUGAUGUACGAGCGUAUAUUGUGACAACAGGUGGAUCCUUGACUUGAACUUUGAGCUUCGAUAUCUUUUUAAAACUCUCUGCAUGAUUGAUGAAUCUGAGUUUUGAUGUUGAUGCCAUCAACCGAUUUCACUUGAAUAAGUCUAUUUCGCUGGCUCUGACAUGCAUGAGCGUUGAAAUGGUCUGAGCAUUUUUUGCUACUUUCGCUUGAUGCCAAUUACUCCAACCAGUGCACGUGCAUGCGCACGCACGUGCACACACACACACACACACAUACACAUGCACACACACACACACACACACACACGCACAAUACCCACGUUCCUCCAUCGUUCUAGCUUUUUAUUUUAAUGGGAGCUAGCAUUUGGACAUGAGUGUUGAAUCAAGUUGAGAAUUUCCAUACAUUCUAUAUUGCCGGCGGCCUCCUUUCCUCUAUUGACCCCAUUCUUAAGUCCUGAAUUUUACAGUUUUGAUGAGAAACCUACAUAACUUGUGAAAAAUGAUGAUUGUUUUUGUUGAGCAGUACUUGUUUGCAUCUUACAGUUUUUCAGAAUGGACGGUUUCAUUUUGGCAGCACGAUUCCAAGGUGAUAGACUAUUAUAAUUAUUGUUGAGAUUAGCUGCUUGGUUUGGGUCAUCUGCAUUUUCUUUUGUAUCGUACUAGUACUCUUGGCAUACUUCUAGGAACAUAGACACGUUGAUUCUUUCUGGUUUGGGUUUUUAACUCAAAAACCAAUGAAUAGUAGCAUAGCAUUGCACGCAUUUCACUUGAGUAUUCAUGUAACGAUUGUGAGUAUCGGUGCUGAUGAUUAGUUUCCUUCUGUGCUGGAUUAUUUAUUUCAUUAGUAGUGCGACGUAAAUGUUCUUCUAACGUUC